UAGGUACUACAUGUAGGUAUUUCUAAAUGACUUCACCUAAAAGACUACCUACCUACCUCCUAGUACCUACAUAGUAGUACCUAGGAGAAAGCAGCAGAGAAGUAAAAGGCAAACAUGUGGACCAUGCACAUAUUUAUUGAUGCAGUGUGCUUGCCUUGCCCCUGAGUCUCUUGAAAUCCAAGACACUGGAGACUGACUUCCUCACUUAUACCUACACCUUAUAUGUACAGUAUAGUACAAAAGAGAUAUAAGGGCAGUAGGCGUCAGCCUUUUGACUCUUUGACAUCGAGGCUUCCUCCUCCCUUUGGCUUUUAAACCUUCACAUCUCAUAGAAACUUGGAGUACCUUGGUGUAUGAUCAUCAAUACUACUUCACUCAUCUACUGUAUUUUACCCAGUACUACUACCAGUACUACUACCACUAUCACUACAACUACUGGCACCACUACCUCGACAUUUCCCAUCUACAUAUCUCAUCUUUACAUCAUCAACCAUGUUAUUAACCCCCAUCAGAGCCCCCGGCAAACGCCGCCGGGCCAACGAAGAACUUGCUGCUGUUGCCUGCACCCGGCCGCAGAAGGAGCGUAAGCUCAAGCACAAGUCUAUCCGUCAAAAGUCUCGCGAGCAACACGCUUCCUAUCUCGAGCUGAUGCCCCUCGAGGUCCUCGAGCGCAUCUUCUGGAUGAGCGGGAACGCCAACCUACCCCGUGCCGGCCACCGUAUCGGUCGUCUGCUGUCCGGAAGAUCUACUCUCCGCGAGACUUUUAUCAACGCGUUUGGGGAUACCUGGGAUAGCACGUGGAACGAGGUCGGGGAUAGAUUUGAGCCUCUUAUAUAUGUGGCAGGCAAUCCCGAGUUCCAGUCCGCCAUUCUGGAAUAUAGCUGGGCCAACAUAGCCUUCAUCCUCGAGUGCUGGGACCUCUACGUCCAGCGCCGCGCGAGAAAGGCUUACAUCCACGGCCGGCCCUUCCACGUCCAGCACAUCAGACUCUGGGGAGACCCCGAGCUCCACGCACCGUCCGUCACCGUGCAAAACGACGACCUCCUCAUCAAUCCCAAGAAGGCCAGCCUCUGCUUCUACUACGACUGGGCCGCGUUCCGCAAGAUCGAGCGGAUCGAGAGCUGCCAGCGCCACCAGAUGCAGUUCAUGGACCAAGUCAGCCAAACCUUCUACCACGUCCACCCGGACACCCGGAUCCCGGAAUCCCUUCUCCUCACCCCGUGGGACAACGAAGAGUCCCUCCAGAAGCUGUUCUGGCUCGUCCGCGGCGGCGCCCGGCUAUCCCCCGACCAGACCUGGGAGCUGACCUACGUCAGCUGGCAGAACGCUCUGUCAGGAGGACCGCACUCACAGACUUCCGGCAGCCCAUCCAACAUCAACUUCACCGCCAUCCGCCUCCUGGACCACCUAGGCAUCUGCCAGGACUGGCCGCGCCACCUCCUCGACCGAGAGACGGCGAGAUUCUACCCGCAAGGACGCCCAAGCUCGAGCUUGCACGUCCGCAGCGGCGGCUUCAGCGAUACAGCUGGUGCGUAUCUCCUGUCGGUCCUGUGGCGGCAGUGGAGCUGGUCGUCGCUGCCUGGUCCACAUAAUACUCAAUCUUUGUCUAUAAGCUCGCGAAUGGGUAGUCAUCACGUCGUUACAUGAUGGUUGGCUGGCUGGUUGGCUGGCUGGCUGGCUGGUUGGGAGUAAUGUGUAAAGUUGGUUGAAAAGGGGGGACAAAAGGGGGAAAUGGAAAAAGG